UCGCAUUAUAUGAUACUUCUCCUCUUUAAACCCUAGCAAAUCUUCAACUGUUUCAUCAAGAUCAAUCGAAUUUUGAUUGAUAAUACAUUUAACAGUUUAUCUCUCCCUGUGCAAGGACGAAGGGAGCAUAUCAUUUCUUCUCUUCUUCUCCUCUAACCUUCUUCAACAACUUCGUCUGCUCCCCUCCUACAGAACGAAAACAGGCUUCGAACAAGCACAUGCCUACUCCCGCACAGCUCUCUACCAGUCCCAUCGGCAGCAUCUAGUAAGAUAUCACUCAAGAUCUUUCUUUUAUCUUGAAUCCUCCAGUCAAAGCCUUCAAAAACCUGGUUAUAUAUAAUAGGCACUGAAAAGAAGGAAGCUUUCUAAAACCCUAAAUCUCUAGUCCUUUCUUUUCUUGGCGAUUAACCUCUGAGCUUUUGUUUCGUGACUUCUCAUUCAAAUCUCGCUCACCUUCCAUCUCGAUUUCAGAUAACUUAAAUGGGUCGAAAGAAGCCCGGUGCUCGUGAGGAUGAUACUGUUGCACCUCUGACUGGAGGGGUGAAGUCGAAGAAGAAGGCACUUCUAAUUGAUGAUGAUGAGUAUUCCGUAAGUACUCAAAUGUCUGAGGAACAGCAGCAAGUUCCAGAAGAGAAUGUUAUCCCAACUGGUGGUAAGAAGAAAGGAAAGAAGGGAAAAGCAAGAAAUUUGGAAAUCGAUGAUGAUGAAUUCGAUGAAAAGGCUCUGGAUGUGGAUGAGGAUGAUGAUGCUACUCCAGUCGUACUGUUUGCUGGGAAGAAGAAGCCAAAGUCCAAGAAGGGUGGUAAUAGUAAUUCUCUUACGGUUCCUGGGUUUGGCUUACUAGUAGAGGAAGAUCAAGAUGAUGAUAAUGAAAAAGAUGAGGAUAUGGAUGUAGAGGAAGAUUUUGUGGCAGCUUUUACUGGGAAGAAGAAGCCUUCCAAGUCGAAAAAGAAAUCUAAAGCACCAUCUAGUUUUGAUGCUCUGGAUGACCUAGAUGGAAGUAAGGAUGAUGAAGGAAACGAGGAGGAGGACACCAAUUUCUCUUCAAUCACCUUCUCUGGCAAAAAGAAAGCUUCGAAAUCUUCAAAGAAAAAUGUGGUUUCAUUUAGUUCAGCGUUUGUUGAAGAAUUUAAUGAUGACAAUAUUGACGAUGCCGGGGACGAGGAUACAUCAGCAGUGACAUUCUCUGGUAAAAAGAAAUCUACCAAAAAGAAGUCUAACAGUGUUUUUUCCACCCUUGAACCAGAGCUUGUUGAUCAAUCCCCAAAUUUGAUAGAACAGGUUGCUGAAGAUGUGGUGGAGACUUCGAAGAGUAAAAGAAAAAAAAAGAAGGCUGAAAGAUCAGCUCAAGAAGAGGACGAUCUAGAUAAACUUCUAGCUGAGCUUGGUGAAGGACCUGUAAUAGCAAAAUCCUCAUCUGUUCCUGUUCCGACUCCAUUAUCAGAGGACAAAGCUCAGACUCAGAGUGAAGAAGUUGCUCCUGCAAAUAUUGGUGCUGAAGAGGAUGGACCUAUGGAGUCUGCUGCUGCAAAAAAGAAGAAAAAGAAAAAGGAGAAAGAGAAGGAGAAGAAAGCUGCUGCAGCUGUGUCGGCCUCUAUUCCGGCCGAGGCAGUAAAACAAGAAAUGCCAGAAGAAACAAAGGUUGAGACCAAGGGUAAAGUGACAGAUAAGAAAGUCCCGAAGCAUGUAAGAGAGAUGCAAGAGAGGCUUGCCAGGCUCAAGGAACUGGAGGAAAAGAAGAAGAGGGAGGAAGAAGAGAAGCUGAGAAAAGAAGAGGAAGAGCAGAAGCGACUAGAAGAACUAGAGAGGAUUGCUGAAGAAAAGAAAAGAAUUAAAAAGGAAAAGGAAAAGGAGAAGAUUUUAAAGAAGAAACAAGAAGGGACAUUUUUGACAGGAAAGCAAAAAGAAGAAGCUCGUCGGUUGGAGGCAAUGAGGAAUCAAAUUCUUGCUAAUGUUGGCGGAUUGCAAAUCCCAGUUGCUGAUGCUGGUGGUGCCCCCUCCAAGAGACCUAUAUAUAAAACAAAAAAGUCAAAACCAAAUAAUUCUCAAGUAAAUGGUUCAGUUCAGGAGAAGGUUGUUGAGAGUAUAGAUGAAAUCGAGAUCCAACAAGAUGUUGAGGCUGAAUUAGAUUCCAAGGAGCUAGAGAAGGUUGAAGAAGAGAGUUCAGAAGUUGCUGAAGUGGUUGAAGAUAAUCUAAAGGAAGAAGAUGAGGAUGAGGAUGAGUGGGAUGCAAAAAGUUGGGAUGAUGUUGAUCUCAAACUGCCUGGUUCAAGUGCAUUUGCUGAUGAAGAAGCUGAUUCAGAAUCUGAACCUGUGGUUGUGAAUGCAAAGAUGGAUGCUCCUUCCUCAAGCUCUUCCAGCACUGUACAGUCUGUACCAAAAGAGACACUGGAUAUGGAAAGAAAAACAUCUAAGGCUGAAGUUGGGGACAAGAAUAAAAGAAAAGGGCCAAGUUCUGAUGUUUCCCCUAGCCAGGAAGAAGCUGAUCUGCGGUCCCCAAUUUGUUGUAUUAUGGGGCAUGUCGAUACUGGUAAAACCAAAUUGCUUGAUUGCAUCCGUGGGACUAAUGUUCAGGAAGGUGAGGCGGGUGGAAUUACUCAGCAAAUCGGAGCGACAUAUUUUCCAGCAGAGAAUAUCCGUGAGAGGACAAAAGAACUAAAAGCCGAUGCAAAGCUGAAUGUCCCUGGUUUGCUGGUUAUUGAUACCCCUGGGCACGAGUCCUUCACCAAUCUACGAUCCCGGGGUUCAGGUUUAUGCGAUAUAGCAAUUUUGGUGGUUGACAUAAUGCAUGGAUUGGAACCACAGACCAUUGAAUCCCUUAAUCUUUUAAAAAUGAGAAACACAGAAUUCAUUGUCGCACUGAACAAGGUUGACAGACUGUAUGGAUGGAAAACUUGUCGAAAUGCACCAAUUGUUAAAGCAAUGAAGCAACAAUCCAAAGAUGUCCAACUUGAGUUUAAUAUGAGGUUGACUCAGAUUGUCACUCAGCUCAAGGAGCAAGGGUUAAACACUGAACUUUAUUACAAGAACAAAGAUAUGGGAGAAACCUACUGCAUUGUACCUACAAGUGCUAUAAGUGGUGAAGGAAUUCCUGAUUUGUUGUUAUUACUUGUCCAAUGGACACAGAAGACAAUGAUUGAAAAACUUACAUACAGCAGUGAAAUACAGUGUACAGUUUUAGAGGUUAAGGUUGUUGAAGGCCAUGGCACGACUAUUGACGUGGUGUUAGUAAAUGGACUGCUUCAUGAAGGUGAUCAGAUAGUUGUUUGUGGCAUGCAGGGACCUAUUGUCACUACUAUUCGAGCAUUACUUACGCCACAUCCAAUGAAAGAGCUCCGUGUUAAGGGAACCUUUCUACAUCACAAAGAAAUUAAAGCUGCUCAGGGCAUCAAGAUCACUGCACAGGGCCUUGAACAUGCGAUUGCUGGCACUGGCCUCUAUGUGGUAGGGCCGAAUGAUGAUUUGGAAGAUAUAAAGGAGUCUGCUAUGGAAGAUAUGAAAUCAGUACUAAGCAGGAUAGACAAAACUGGGGAAGGAGUUUGUGUUCAGGCCUCUACUCUUGGAUCCUUGGAAGCAUUACUGGAGUUCUUGAAAUCUCCUGCUGUGAGUAUACCUGUUAGUGGAAUAAGCAUUGGUCCUGUACACAAGAAAGAUGUGGUAAAGGCUAGUGUCAUGCUCGAGAAGAAAAAAGAAUAUGCAACAAUAUUGGCCUUUGAUGUUAAAGUGACUCCAGAUGCUCGGGAACUUGCAGAUGAACUUGGUGUCAAGAUAUUCAUUGCAGAUAUCAUCUAUCAUUUGUUUGAUCAGUUUAAGGCAUAUAUUGAUAAUCUCAAAGAGGAAAAGAAGAAAGAAGCUGCUGAAGAUGCAGUUUUCCCUUGUGUACUAAAAAUUAUGCCCAAUUGCGUCUUCAACAAGAAGGACCCCAUUGUUUUGGGUGUUGAUAUUCUUGAAGGGAUUGCUAAGAUCGGAACACCAAUUUGUAUUCCCCAGAAAGAUUUUAUUGAUAUCGGCCGUAUUGCGUCCAUUGAGAAUAACCACAAACCGGUUGAUUAUGCCAAGAAGGGCCAAAAAGUUGCUAUUAAGAUAACAGGCUCAAAUUCUGAUGAGCAGCAGAAGAUGUUUGGCAGGCAUUUCGAGAUGGAAGAUGAGCUUGUAAGCCACAUCUCUAGAAGAUCCAUUGAUGUUCUUAAAACAAACUAUCGGGAUGACUUGUCUAUGGAGGAGUGGAAACUAGUUGUGAAACUGAAGAACCUCUUCAAAAUUCAGUGAAAAGAUGGCUCUUUGUUGCAUGGGGCUUUCUAAUAAUUUUUUUGUACGGGAACAUAGGCAUCACCGAAAAGGUACUUCUCUUGAGGAGAUAUCAUUCUCAAAAUGUCAUCAUUAUUCGCAUUUUGGCGUACCGAAUGCGGUCUCUCCAAAUCAAAGGCUUGGAAAGUAAGGAGAACAAUGAAGAUAAUCACCAGAGUGAUAAUGCAACAUAACCAAUCAUUUUUGUAUUUCCUGCAAGUCUUGGGGGGAGUUUUUGUUGUGGUAGACCAUGAAAAGUUUCACAUUUUCUUGCUAUUUUCCUGCAAGUUAUUUUCUUUUGUGGAGUUAUUUGAGAUUUUUGGGAAUUUAUUACUGGUGUUGGAGUUUUGUGAUACUAAAAGUCAAAAUCAAAUCAAUAAUUUAUUUGCAA